CUGCUACACAAAUACUGCGUGUUUAUCUACCGCCUUUUAAUUUCCCUUAAACUCCGUCACGUGUUUCUCACUGCUUAAAAGUGUGUGAGAUUUUUCACUUUUAGAUUCAAUGUGACGAGACAAAAGAUAAGCUAUUGAUCUAUUGGGCAGGUGGUAAGAAUUUUGGCCGGAGAUGGGGAAGAAGAGCGGCGGGAGCGGCUGGUUUUCUACUGUGAAGAAGGUUUUUAAGCAAUCUCCGGCCAAGGAUUCGCCGGAAAAGAAGAAAGAAAGCGUAGAAAAAUGGCAAUUCGAAGUACCAGAAGUCGUGUCGCUGGAGCAUUUUCCGGCCGAAAGUUCGCCGGACGAGACCAACGAGGAGAGCCUCCGGUCGUCUCCAGCAGAGGAUCCGAACCACGCUAUGGCGGUGGCGGUGGCCACCGCCGCCGCCGCCGAGGCGGCGGUCGCGGCUGCUCAGGCGGCGGCUAAGGUGGUCAGGCUAGCCGGCUACGGGCGCCAGUCCAAGGAAGAAAGGGCCGCUACUCUUAUACAGUCUUAUUACAGAGGUUACCUGGACAAGGCCCAAAUCGCCAAGUUGGAGUAUGAAGAACAUAUGUUUGAGGAGGCUGAAAAGAAGAGGUAUCAAAUGAAGAAUGUGGAUUACGAGCAAUGGAAUAGAAGGAAUCAUGGGAAAGUCGGAGAAAGUCGAUCAAGAAAGGCGCAUGAUCCUGGGUUGAAAAAGGAUAAAGCUCUUGCAUAUGCUAUGGCUUACCAGCAACGAAUGUUACAAUGUGAUCCCAUGAACGAGAAUUUCGACCUCGGGCCCAAGUGGGGGUGGAUAGAGGCCCAACCGGCCCAACAUCGGCGAAGGGCCCGACAAAAGGCCACGGAUAGCAUGUCCGAGAAAACAGUUGAGAUGGACCUAUUCAUCACGUUGGGCUCGGAGGAUGUAAGCAUGGGCCGUCUCAGUGGAGACUGCAUUGAGUCGAGCCCACACUCUUCACGAAAGCCUCGUAGAUCGGGCUUGGACGAUAUCCCUAGCUACAUGGCCCAAACCCAGUCCGCGAAGGCAAAGGUGAGGAGCGAGGGCCCGAUUAAGCAGCGAAGCCCACAAUGGAACUCGUCGACCAAGAAAGGGAGUGGUAUUGGGCUGGGCUACGAGUCUUCAAGCUCGGGUGGAGGUACAGCUGCUUAUCAGCCCAUGAAAAGCCCACAUAAGAAGGAUAAUAAUCGUGGGCUGGCUAAGUGGAUGUACAGCCCGGAGUCCAGCAGUGAGGAUAGGACUCUGGCUUUGGGGGCCCAAACUUGGAGGCAUAAUUUUGGGUGACUUGGAAGUUUGUUGUGUGAUGAGGCCGUUUGUGUGUUUGUUAAUAUGAUGUUAAUUUUAUAAUUUUGUGUAAUAAUGUUGGUGAACCAUCUUUAAAUGCAUGGAACUCGAAACUCAUAUUUUGCAUCCACACUCCAUACUUGAUCUUUG